CAGACUUCUACAUGCUUUAACAUCAUAUCCCGAUUCUAGCUUCGCCGAUUCCGAAUGGAGCCGAGGGAGAGCCUAUGCUCGGUGCAUAAACGACAGCCACUGUUUCCAAUUCACCUUCACUAACAGGCAUUUCAUUUUGGUAAUUUCUGGUUUUAAUUAGUUGUAGAAUGACCGAGGCUAUAUUCCGAUUGACGUGAUAUGUUCGUGAAAUAUUUGGAGUGAUGGUUAUCGCCGCAAUCAAGGAUAUUCUUUCUUCGAUAUCUUCAAAGACCAAACCAGGCGGGUGGAUUUUUUUUUUUAUGUAUAGCGCCUACCGGCACUGUAUACAUAUUUUCACAUAGGGUGACUGUAUGCUACACUGUGGACGGAGAGUCCGCAUAUGGCUACAGUUCCAUAUGCAAGAGGAUGUGUUAUCACUGAAAGGAUAAAGACUGCUCAUUGCGUUUGGAGAAUGGUGGAAAAAAGACAUCCCGGUUAUUGAUGGAGAAUCCAACAAGCGAGGCAAGAUUCGUAGACCCAAAGCGUCUUGUGUAAUAUGACCACCCUUAUUUGCAAAGCUUACCAGUGAUGGGAUUUAGUUUAAAGAAACAAGUAUUUGGAAACAGCAAAUAUUGUACGAUUGGAAUUACUAAUUUGUUCUUUUCUUUCUGUGUGAUGGAAAUGUAUUGCUGAACAUUGGGGGAGCUUUAUGGAAAACCCGAAGACAUGACAUGCACACGAAAAAAGAGGAAACGAUCCUUUUUGUUCUUUAAAACGUGUGUUUAUUUAAGAAGUCUGCAACAGGCUUAAUUGACGGGGAGCGCCUUACUAAAGCAACAUUAUUUGUGCAUUAAGAUCUACGUGAUUCUAUGAAGGCCUAUUCAAUGUGGAUUGCAACAAGAUCCCCAAACGGCCUAGAAUUAAGUGGUAAGCCUUUGUCUCGACGACAAACAUCAGAAAUCAGGAGCCUGAGCGGUGAGAAGUAGAUGGACCAAGGAAACAAGGGGCUCAGUGCAAAAUGGGGCAAUGCAGACUGAAGCACUCCCGUUCCAUGUGAGCUCAAGUUAAGAGGCAACCACGAGGACGAACGAAAGGGCAGCUGGAGGGGGAGGAGGAGGAGGAGGAGGAGGAGAGGGAGGAGUGGAUUUCAGGAGAAAAGAGGGCGGAUCACCGGAGCAGGAGGGAUGGCCAAUGGCAAUGAGAGCAGCGAGGGGCUCGGCGGCCCCCUGGCAGCGGUGGUGGCCACGACCGGAGGGAUGGCAGUCGGGGGCCCGUCGUCGGCUGUGUCCACUUACAUCAAACUGGUCCUGCUGGGGUUGAUUAUCUGCAUCAGCCUGGUGGGCAACCUGGUUGUGUCACUGCUGGUCCUCCGGGACCGGGCCCUGCACAAGGCCCCAUACUACUUCCUGCUGGACCUGUGCCUGGCUGACACCAUCCGCUCCGCCGUCUGCUUCCCCUUUGUGCUGGUGUCCAUCAAGAACGGCUCCACCUGGACCUACAGUGUGCUAAGCUGCAAAGUGGUGGCCUUCAUGGCUGUGCUCUUCUGCUUCCAUGCCGCCUUUAUGCUGUUUUGCAUUAGCGUGACGCGCUACAUGGCCAUCGCCCACCACCGCUUCUACUCCAAGCGCAUGACCUUCUGGACAUGUGUGGCGGUGGUGUGCAUGGUGUGGACACUGUCGGUGGCCAUGGCUUUUCCGCCCGUCUUUGACGUGGGCACCUACAAGUUCAUCCGCGAGGAGGACCAGUGUAUCUUCGAACACCGCUACUUCAAGGCCAACGACACGCUGGGCUUCAUGCUGAUGCUGGCUGUGCUGAUACUGGCCACGCACGUCGUCUACAUGAAGUUGCUGCUCUUCGAGUACAAGCACCGCAAGAUGAAGCCCGUCCAGAUGGUGCCAGCCAUAAGCCAAAACUGGACCUUCCAUGGGCCCGGCGCCACUGGCCAAGCGGCGGCAAACUGGAUUGCAGGCUUUGGCCGUGGCCCCAUGCCACCCACCCUGCUGGGCAUCCGGCAGAACUUGCACAACCAGAACCGGCGCCUGCUGGGUAUGGAAGAGUUCAAGGCAGAGAAACAGCUGGGCAGGAUGUUCUACGUGAUCACCCUUUUGUUCCUGGUGCUGUGGUCGCCCUAUAUAGUGGCGUGCUACUGGCGGGUGUUUGUCAAGGCCUGCACCAUACCACACCGGUACCUCUCCACCACAGUGUGGAUGAGUUUUGCCCAGGCAGGGGUCAACCCUAUUGUUUGCUUUUUCCUCAACAAAGACCUGAAGAAGGGGCUUCUGGCCCACCUGCCAGCCUACUGUAGGACUAAACCUAAUCUGCCCCGAGAGCCUUACUGUGUCAUGUGAGGUGGUGCAGUGGGCAGUGGUUACCUGGGCAGGGUACCGAUGGGUUGGGGUGACUGAGUUAUUUGGGAGAUGUUAGGGUGGAUCGAGGGACCAUUUAAGUUGUUGUGGCCUUUGAUUCAAUGCACGAUGCUUUAAAAUGGGUGAGUGUCAGAAGGCAACUACUAAAAUGGUAAGCAUUUUAGAAUUUGAAUAACCUGUGUGAUGUAUCUGGGUUUCUCCUUGUCUAAAGAAAGCAUAGGUAUUCAAAGUUAAUUGGUGAUGUUCUACAUUCUUUACAAAAGUUAAUCGAGAGUCCCACCACAGCCAUAUAACGUACCAUAUUAAUUAGUGAUCAAAAAUUUGAUUAGGAUGGAUGUAUUAUUUCAUCAUUUUAUUACCUAAACCAAAAAGCAUAUGUAACUCCACAGUGUAGAUUUGAUUUAAAUUUAGAGAUUCUUUACAAGUUUUUAGUUUUUAUGGCCUAGGUCAGGAAACAUUUAAAAGGGGGAUUAUUUCUCCACACAGAAAGAAUAUAAGACUGGGCUGACAAUUAAAAGGUCAAUCUGAGAUGCCUGUACAGUGGCUAGUGAAAGACUAAACCUCCCCUUGCACUGUUCAUAUUUAACUGCCAUAAAAUUUAAUAAUUGUUGCUGUCCAUCAAUGAUUCCCAACCAAACUCACUGAGAUUAUUAAUCUCAAACAAAGUAAUUUUGUUUGAAACUAUGUAUAUUUUGCAUUAAGAGUUUAGUCUUACUUAAAAUUAUUGAUGUCCUUAAUGGAAGCCAAAAACUCAUCCACCAAGUAUUAGUUCUGGUUACAUCACAAUGUAGACAUGGAAUAAACAUUAUCAAUAUGUUUUCUUUCCCUUUAAAAAUGUGGCAUUCAUAUGAAAGAAAAUGAAAUCCCUUUUAGAUCAAAUUUUAUUGCAGCAAAAUGUGAAGACUCCCUAGGCAGUGUAUGUAUCCUUACCAUCAAUGCAAUGGGGUACCAUAAUGGAGAACUAUUAAACUGGUUGCCUUUCUAAACAGGCGUGAUGUACUAGUCCUGAUGUCGUGAAACAGACUGAAAUGAGGAUGACAAGUGUCUGUGGUUUCUGGGGGUGACCUGGCCAUAUUGCUCAGUCACUCCCUCAUCUGUUCUUUCUCAGACCAAAAGUGUCAGAUGGUCAUCUGACAGUUUGCUAGUGUGCUAGCACUGCUUCCUUCUUUGGUCUGCUUGAAUCAAAGGCAUCAGUAACACAUGAAAACUAAGAGAAAUUAUGAGGUUUGUACAGAUAGCAUAUCCAGGCUUUAUUGGCUUUAUUUGGCUUUGUUUUCUACUCGAAGGAAUUAUUGUGUUUAUUGUCCCAUCUUUAAAUAUAUUUCAGUAAUUUCUAAAUCCAUUUAGAUGUAUGCACAAGGGAUACCCUUGAAAGGUAAAAGGAUCAAGUGUAGGAAGUUGAAACUGAAAGAAUCAUGGAAAAUGAGCCAAAGUUUAUGGCAUGGUCACACACAGAUUUGGGGACUAACGGAUUACAAGUAAUAAUUUACAUGUAACGGAUUACAAAAAAACAGUAACUCUAAUCUGUUACGUUACCA